AUGUUCCGAAAACAUGAAUUUGGAGCAGUGAUAUUGUCACCAUCUCGUGAGUUAUCAAUCCAGAUCGCAUCGGUUGCUGCUCCUUUUGCAGCGAAGCUAAACUAUUCCAUAGUUGUCACUGUGGGUGGAACGAAAGUGGAACAGAAUUUGAAAAAGUUAAAAGGAGGUGGAAAUAUAUUGGUAGCGACGCCUGGUCGUCUUUUCCAAUUGUUAUCAUUGGACAAAGAUGGUAGCCUGAAGCGCGCAUUAAAAACUGUAGAGAUUCUUGUCAUCGACGAGGCCGACCGGUUUAACGAGUCGCAAUUUGAGAUGCAUUUGAAGGAGAUUCUGCUCGCAUUACCGAAACAACGACGGACGGGACUUUUCUCAGCAACACAAGCAAAGGAAUUGGAAGACUUGUCGUUAUUUGGUUUGCGGAAUAAGAAAGUCAUAAAAAUCAAGGAAUCCAGCAAUCUUGUUUCGCCUUCAACGCUCAACAACUAUUACACAGUCUGCGAAGCAGCUGAAAAACUCAUAUGUGUUGUGGAAUUCAUUCGCAACAAACCUGACAAGAAAGUGCUUGUAUUUUUCCCCUCUUGUGGAGGAGUGAAAUAUUUUCAUACGAUAUUAACUCGUGUCCUCACAAAACGGCCUUUGUACGCCGUCCAUGGUCACAGCUCUCAGGCGGAACGGACCAAACAGAUUGACGAAUUCCGUAAAAGUGACAAUGCAGUAAUGCUGUCAACAGAUGUGAUGUCUCGUGGUAUCGACAUUCAAGACAUUGACUGGGUCAUACAAUUUGAAGUACCCAAGCUAUCCAGGCUCCUUUGCGCCAAAAGCUCACCACUUUGUGCCAAAACACCAAUUUCAGUUGGUUUGUUCACCGAUCUGGUCGUACAGCUCGUUGUGGACGAGAGGGGAAACGCGUUGUUAGUCCUUUCACCACAGCAAACUGCCUACGUUGGAUAUCUAGCCAAGCACGAGAAAGUUGAGUUGAAACAGAUCUCAGUGCCAAGCAGUAAUGCUCAAAAAGCUAGUCAACUCCGAGAGAAAAUUAUUAAAAUAGUGUGCUCGGACCGUGAAAUUUUGGAAACAGGCACGAGAGCAUUCGUUUGUCAUAUUGAGAGUUACGUGAAGCACGAUUGCAACAUCGUUUGUGGCCUGAAAGACCUUGAUGUUACUGGACUCGCUCAUGCGUACGGUCUGCUUCGGUUACCAAAAAUGAGAGAACUUAGUGGGCGGACAGAUCUCGACAAAUUCCAGCGAAGUGACAUCGAUACCUCAACGAUCAAAUACGCAAAUCCGGCCCUGGAAAAGAAGCGAGCCGAGAUAAUGGCUGCCAAAGCACGAGAAGAGGGUGAAAGCGAUGAAAGAGAAAUUGGCGAAGAAAAAUGCUGA